AUGGGUCUGUCUCGAGCUCUGGUUUCGUCUCUUCGAUGGAAGAAGAGGUCUUGGAAGGCGAUGAUAAGGGGAAGAAGAAAAAGAAGACGAGGAGGAGAUGAUUGGAUCGCGCCGGAGAUUCCUUGGGAGAUCGAGAUCGAGAUCGAGAUCCUGCUUAGAUUGCCUGCUAAGUCGCUGAUGAGGUUCAAGUGCGUCUCAAAGCUCUGGUCGUGUCUUAUCCAUUCCCGGUAUUUUUGCAACCGUUAUCUUACGGUCGCAUCUCCACCUCAACCACCUAAUCUAUACAUGAGUUUGGUGGACCAACUCGAACCUGCUAGGGUAAUUGUGGGCACCCGCGAGUCUGUACUGCUAUCUUUAUCAUCAUCUUCGUCUACUGAUGGUGCUGAGUAUUUGUCCCCAGAUUUGAUCUUGGCACAGUUGGGAGGACUCCACAUGGUUGUUAUUCGCGGCUUGAUUUUUUACAGUGUUCCUACAGAACCGUGUAGCAUCUAUAAUCCCACUACCGGUCAGUUCAUAACCUUAGCCGCCAUCAAUCCUAAAAUCUCUGCCCCAAAAGGUUUUUCUAAACACUACUCUUUCGGGUACGAUCCAGUUCUUGAUCAGUAUAAAGUGGUCUGCACGUUUCUGAUAGCAUCAAAGAAACGUAAGAGGAUAACCUCAUCAGAGCAUUGGGUCUACACAGUAGAAGCCGGAGGUUCUUGGAAAAGAAUUGAGUUUAAUGGACCAGCUCAUUGUCCUGCAAGACCAGGACUAUGCAUCAAUGGAGUUAUAUAUUAUUUGGCUUCUACUUGCAUGUCCCGUGAUAUCGUUGUCAGUUUUGACGUUAGGUCUGAAGAGUUCAAUAUGACGCAAGCACCUGACGAUGCGCUGCCUGCAUAUGGGAAGCCUGUGGGUGUGGGUUUUAUAGAGUAUGGUGGGAAACCAGCGAUUUUGGAUCAUACCAAUCUUGUACCAAUGGGUUUGGUGGAAUUGUGGGUGUUGGAAGAUGGUGGAAAGUGGUCGAAGAAAUCUCUGGUUUUGAAGCCUUGUCAGAUGCAUUUAGUUGCUAACAACAUGUCAUUGCUUGUACAUGGUACUACUAUAAACGGCGAGGUUAUCUUGGCACCCAUAUCAUUUUUUUCCCCUUAUUACAUUCUCUAUUAUGAUUUGCAAAAUAAUGAUUUGAGAAAGGUUGAAAUCAGAGGAAUACCGGACCACUGGUUUAGUAAGCCUGACAUGAACGUCCUUAUGUAUCUGACACAAUUGGAUGAGAGUGAAAGCAUCAUCCACUUGGAAAUUUAG